UUACCCGCACAGUGAUCCCGAACCUCUAUGGAGAGAGUCCAAGAGCAAGGUUGUACAGAUCCUGAAAGACGCAGAAAGCAUCGCCAUAACAACAGAUGGUUGGACAUCGAGAGGUACGCAAAGCUACAUCACAAUUACAGCCCACACAGUCAACAAUGACUGGAAAAUGGAAAGUGUUGUACUACAGACUCGCCCACUUUUCGAGUCCCACACAGGGGCAAACAUAGCUCAGGUUUUACAGACAGCUGUUACUGACUGGGAGCUUAAAAAACCCAACCACGGCAUCGCUAUUGUUACUGACAAUGCACGUAAUAUGGACGUGGCUGUGCGAGAGGCGGAAUUGAAGCCGCACAUUAAGUGUUUUGCGCACACUAUAAAUCUUGCAACCCAAGCUGGCCUCGGUGUUCCCCGCGUCGCUCAUUUGCUCGGGCAGGUGAGACGUGUGGCUGCUUUUUUUCAUCGGAGUUCAACGGCUACCGCGGUGUUAAUGUCCAAGCAGAAACAGCUACAACUGCCAUCACACAAGUUAAUCAUGGACAUUACGACACGAUGGAACAGCACGUUGGAUAUGCUGGCUCGUUACCUCGAGAGGCAAGCUGCCAUAGCAGCAGCUCUCACCAUCCCAGAGAUAAGACAAAACGCCCGAAGCAUUGAUACACUUGACAGCUGCAAUGUCAGAGAUGCUCAAGACCUUGUGAAGCUGCUGCAUCCUUUGAAGACAGCCACCACAGUGUUGUGUGAGGAGAAGAGUCCCACAGUGUCUCUCAUUGUGCCACUGAAGAGCAUGAUUGAACAGAACAUGACACCAAAAGAUGGAGAAUCCACCACCAUGGCCAACACAAAGACUGCAAUCCUCACGAAUAUUGCAAACAGAUACAGUGGGGAUGCCUUCAACUAUCUGCUGGAGUGCACGGUACUGGACCCAAGAUUCCGGACUCUACCUCAGCUAGACCACGACCAGUGUGAGGCCGUCUUCCUGAGGGUACAGGACAGUUGCUGCAAACACAGACCACAGCUGAGGAGAGGGAAGAAGGGGCAGCAGGUGGAGCUCACUGUCCCACACACGGUAGAGAGGAGGCUGUGAGAGAUGAUGAGCCUGAAGUGACAGAACCUGCUCCCAAAAGACAGCACUUGAGGAGCUGUUAGGGAACUCUUUCUCUACUGAGCCAGAGGAGUCCAACAGUUCAAAACAGGCUGAGAGUGAAGUUGAAAACUACAGAAAAGAGGCCUCUAUCCCUCUCAGUGGCUGCCCUCUGAAGUGGUGGCAAGAACACUGCUCCCAAUAUCCUUUGCUGUCUCACCUUGCCAAAGCGUGCCUUUCUGUCCCUGCUACCUCUGUUCCAAGUGAGCGCAUCUUUUCAACAGCAGGAGACAUAGUUAAUGUGCAAAGAUCCCAACUGCUGCCAGAGAAUGUGGACAUGCUAAUAUUCUUAAAAAAAGAACAUGGAUGUGUAGUUGCAGCAAGUUGUCAGUGACAUACUUGGUCAGGCUCUGUUUGCACUAUUUGCACUCUGUAUUGACAGAGUAUAACUUUGAUUUGGUUUUGCACAUA